CUUUGUCCCUGUACAGUAGGGCAGUGGGUUCCCUGCAUGUGGCCUCCUCGCUGACGUCAUCUUUCAACUGCCACAGUUGUGUGUUGUUCCCCUUCCUCCUCAACAAACUCCUCUCAGCCUUCACCCAUCUCAAAAGUUCCUUUCUACUUGCGCCGAGAGAACGCUGAAUAUUUCCGAUGCAUUCGCGCUUCACUUUGAUUUAGGAAAUGAAUGUGUCUCGCCGCUCAAUGGAGGAGUUCUGUUGAACUGGCGUGCUGGGGAAGCUGCCCGAAGCAAACAGAGCAGAAAAGGCUUCGAUUUCAGAGAACGGAUAAGACCCAAAGGGAGACGAGAGGAAGAGAGAGAGAAAGAGAGAGACAGAGCGAGAGAGCAUCUGGCUGAACAUCCCUGAGGAUGAAGAAAAGCAACAGUGCCCAUGGGGUUCUACCGGGUGAUGAGCCUUCCGUUGGACAACUUUCCACCGGCAGCACGCUCGGGGUAGAUGUGUGCAAGGUCCACAGGCGGUUCUCCGGCAACCUGCAGCUGCCUCCGUUGUCAUGGCGACAGUUGGAAAAGGAUAGGGACAAGGUCAGGUCGCUAACACCUGAAGAGGAUCCAGUGACCUGGACCAGACCUACAAGUCUGCCCAUCUCCUCUCUGCCCCGGAUCGACAUCACGCAGGCGGAACCCGACGGCUUUGAAGGGGAAAAUGGUCCGUCGUUGUGCUGCAGUCCCUCUGAGCUGCAGGCGUCGCCGGGUUCAGGUCUGGUUCUCCAUCCCAACCAGGCGGGCCACGGCCAGCGCCGCGAGUCCUUCCUCUACCGCUCUGACAGCGACUACGAACUGUCGCCCAAGUCCUUGUCUCGAAACUCUUCCAUUGUUGGAGAACUGCAUGGGGAGGACUUGAUUGUGACUCCAUUUGCUCAGGUUCUGGCAAGCCUUCGCACUGUCAGAAACAACUUCACCACCUUGACCAAUGUACAGUGUGCCUCCAAUAAGAGGUCUCCUGCUACCAAUCAGCCCACUCUCACCAAAGUCUGUCUGUCAGAUGACUCCUACCAGAAGCUGGCUAUGGAGACCAUGGAGGAGCUGGACUGGUGUCUGGACCAGCUGGAGACCAUCCAGACCUACCGCUCCGUCAGUGACAUGGCCUCCAACAAGUUCAAGAGGAUGCUGAACCGGGAGCUAAGCCACCUGUCUGAGAUGAGCCGCUCAGGCAACCAAGUUUCCGAGUACAUCUCCAACACCUUCCUAGAGAAGCAAAAUGAGUUGGAGCUUCCGUGUCCAGUUCCUAAGUCCAGGGAAAGGAAGAGGAGACAAAAGCAGCAACUGCAGCAGCAGCAACAGCAGCAGCAGAGUGGGAUGAUGACUCAGAUCAGCGGGGUGAGGAAGGUCAGCCACACACCAAGCAUCUGUGCAAGCACGAACAAUCGCUUUGGGGUGAAGACCGACCAGGAGGAGCUGCUGUCGAAGGACCUGGAGGGCAUUAACAAAUGGGGCUUAAAUAUCUUCCAAGUGGCCGAGCACUCCCGCAAUCGCCCGCUUACAUCCAUCAUGUACUCCAUCUUCCAGGAGCGAGACCUGAUGAGGACGUUCAAGAUUCCAACGGACACCUUUGUGACGUUCAUGCUGACCUUAGAGGACCACUAUCACUCCGACGUGGCUUACCACAACAGCCUGCACGCGGCUGACGUAGCCCAGUCCACACACAUCCUCCUGUCCACUCCUGCACUGGAUGAGGUGUUCACAGAUCUGGAGAUCUUGGCGGCCAUUUUUGCUGCAGCCAUUCAUGACGUGGACCACCCAGGAGUGUCUAACCAGUUCCUCAUCAACACCAACUCCGAGCUGGCUCUGAUGUACAACGAUGAGUCAGUGCUGGAGAACCACCACCUGGCUGUGGGCUUCAAACUGCUGCAGGGGGAUAACUGCGACAUCUUCCAAAACCUCACCAAGAAGCAGAAGCAGACGCUGCGGCGGAUGGUCAUCGACAUGGUGCUGGCAACCGACAUGUCCAAACACAUGAGCCUGCUGGCUAAUCUGAAGACGAUGGUGGAAACCAAGAAGGUGACCAGCUCUGGAGUUCUGCUGCUGGACAACUACACAGACAGGAUGCAGGUUUUGCGUAACAUGGUUCACUGUGCGGACCUGAGUAACCCGACCAAGCCCCUGGAUCUGUACCGGCAGUGGACAGACAGGAUCAUGGAGGAGUUCUUCCACCAGGGAGACCGGGAGAGAGACAGGGGAAUGGAGAUCAGCCCAAUGUGCGACAAACACACAGCUUCGGUGGAGAGAACACAGGUUGGCUUCAUUGAUUACAUUGUCCACCCUCUGUGGGAGACGUGGGCAGACCUGGUCCACCCUGACGCCCAGGACAUCCUGGACACACUGGAGGACAACAGGAACUGGUACCAACGCAUGAUCCCCCAGAGUCCCUCCCCUCCGUUCUACACCAGCGACGGGGAAAGCGGCCAACCCGGGGAGUUGGAGGGGGGCCCCGUGGCGAGUAAAUUCCAGUUUGAGCUGACCCUGGAUGACCAGGAUGAACGGGACGCAGGCGGCGAGAACGCCGUGAUGGAGACGGCUGGCGGCGUGAUACUUGAACAACACGCCUGUGACGGGGACAGGGUGGAAAUGACGACGUGCGACAUCUCGCCUGCGGAAACAUAGCCAGACUGACGGUGUUCUAAGAGGCCGGCAAGUUUUGCUGGUUCGGCUGAAUUCAUUUAAUUGCAGUAGAGCAAUCCUGCAAUGUCGCUCUUUGGAGCUGCCCGGCAAAAGAGGGCCCGAAUGAAUGGGGGGGCCACCCGUGAAAAGGAGGCUUGGAAACCCCUUCGGCAGUUUGUUUUGAGCCCCCCCUUCGGAAGGGAGCCGGAAGAGGCGUGUUGCUUAAAGAAGGGACUGCUGUCAGACUGCUGAGGCAGGACUGAAUCUCACAGACACAGAAGGUGUUUGUUUCUGUGUACUGGGACUAGUAAAAAAUCCAAAUUUGCACUUCAGGACGUUUUUUUAUUAUGUUCAUUUUAAUUAUUCAUAUUGUGUCUGGACGGGAUGCCACCUGGUGAAAUGCCCAACCAGAAAUGACUAUUCGGCAAGUUUUUAUUUUUAACGUUUUUGUUUUUUUACGCUCGAGUUGUGUGCCUUUUUUCUUUUCUUAUUUUUUUUCAACAAUCGUUUGUCUUUGUAAGUCUUUUUAUAAUUUAUUGAACACAUUUGUGUAGCUGUAAAAGGUGUCAACUUUUCUACAAUAAGGAUGCGUUUCUCUCACACAGUCUUCCUCGUGUUCUGGGAGUAUGAGCUUGUUCUGUGGAUGUAUUUCUAAAAUCAGACAACUUCCCAGCACAAUCUGCACUUUGUGGCAUAGGACAAGGAGACCUCAGAAAACAUGAGUAACAUUACAUUUAUGUAAAACAUGUUUUCUUCAAUAAUUCACUUUUCACAAGCAAUUUCCCUCUUUGAUGAAAAUGAUAUUUUGUAUUUCGAGUCCAAAAACUAAACCAACUCCAAAGAUCCUGUCAAGAAAGCACUUUGAUGAUUUCACUGCCACCUCUAAAGAGUGUGAACCCGUGCUUGAAGAGUCAGUAGUGAAGAAAAUCAAACCUGUGACCGGAAGGGAAAUUGAUCCCCGACGCUGCCAUUUAACUGGGUGACGAGUUCAGUCAAAUGAAAGGUUAAAACUCUCUGCAAGAGUUCUGUCUCUGCCUUGUAAUCCCCCUGGUUCAUCCGCUCACAUGGAUAGGCUUCACGUCCUGGAUCAUUCUGAGCUACGGACGACUGUGCACAUUUAAAAAGACACCUGUUAGUAAUAUAAUAAUUGUAUUGUAGUUUCUAUUCCAGCACUUUGAAUCUGUCGACAGUCUUCAGCACGUUGCUGAUCUGUCCAACACUACCUUAAAGGUACCACAAUGUAAGGUGCAAACUUCCGAAUAAACGGUGGGGGGUCCCGAUAUCGGGUCAUUACCCGAUACCUUCCGGCGUGUCUGGGUGCGUGAAAGUGUGUGUGUGUGUGUGCGUGUGUAAACCGAGUCGCACAAUCUUGUUGCACCGAGCUGUGUUGUGCCAACACUGUAUUUAUUAUCCUCCUCCUUGUAUAUGAUAAUAUUGAUUGUUAAUAUUUCCUGUAUAUUUGUUAUUAUUUAUAUGCACUACCCCGUAUCGAAUCGGUUUGACUGAACUUGUCUGGUGGUUCUGUCUUACUGUUUUUUGUCAGCUGUUUUGCUAUACAACCGUAACAUGAAGUUAUGCAGCUCGAUUUUGAUAAUUUGGGACGUUUGUUUUUAAAAUUCCAGCCAUGAAAUGGUGGACAGUCGGAACCAGCCACACGUUGUGUGGUGCAGAAGAGGUUCUGCAUUUGUUUUUGUCUUUUUUCCCGGUGGAUUAUGAAGGCUGGAUUACUGCAGUAUUUUGUGUACGGUGACUGGUCAUUGUACAGCUAUUGGAAUAUUUGCUGAAAUAUACUGCAUUGUUUCAAAUAUAUUUUUUCAGUGUUUUUCCUCACAAUAUAUGGUAAAAUUGUGUAUGUAGUGCUCAAGAAAUGUUUUCUAUCAGAUGAAUAAAAUGGGCAUGUACUACAGAAA